GCUUGUCGGCCCUGCGGCAGCUACGCUCGGCGCGGCAAGCACCCGACGCGAGGCUGCGGAACAACCAAGGCACACAUAGGACCCACCGCGAGCCAGCGGAGACGAACCGAAGCGCGCUCGGGGCUGCCCCAACAACGAGCAGCUACCACCAAUGGCCCGCACGGAGUCGAGGGCCUUCGACGCCUACUUCGACCCCACCUGGCACGGCGCCGGCGCGCCCCCCCGGCCCCGACCCGCGCCCUUCCACGCUGAGACGCAAGUACCCCAGGAACGGUACAAGUACUUCCAGCGGCCUUUGGUCGAGCACCUCAAUCCUUUAUCGACGAACGUGCUGAUCGCGCCGUCCACCAAAAAGGAGGAGCUGGACGAUGGCGACGCCCGCGUGAAGGAUGCGGGGACGCAGUCGACGUAUCGAGAGUCCGAGGCCCAAACCGACCCUUAUACGCCCGCGUAUGUCGUACCGGAGGGCACGGACCCCGAGGUCCUGAUGCUCGAACAUUUAAAGUUCGGCGAGGGGUUGCCCGCCGGCGCGCGGGAAGUGGAGAAGAUCGAGCAGGCUCGGGCUAAAAGACAUUUGGAGGCCAAUCUCCCGCCCGCGACGGACGAAUGUUCUUUAGCUUUAAGAAGAAGGCUCCUGGAAUGGCAGGAGAUGAAGGAAUUCAACAUCAAGCAGAAGGAAAUUGAUGACGCGCACGCGCGAAGGUUGGGGCUGUUACGGCGCGCUUUGGACGAGAGAGAUCAAGAUCGAGAAUUUAUGCAAGAGCAGCGCGUCGAUACGUUAAGGCAGAAGCGGGGCGAAGUGCGAGAUCGCGCGUUGGAGUCCAUCCAAGCGCAACGCAUCAAGACGCUGCGGAAGCUCUCAUUAGCGAGGGGAAGACUCUCGCAGAAGGAGCCGUAUUCGGCACCGACGCCCGUCUCCAAUCUAACAGGAAAGGAUGCGCGACGUAGGAAAGCGGGCCGCGACAUCAUUUCCGAGUACGCGAACUACAGUUCUACGCAGUACGCGCCGAUCACACGCGAGGGCACGAAGCUCGACAAGGACUCGCAUAUUUUCGAUGUUACCAGAGUCGCGCCGCACUUGAACGGCCACGGUCUUCUGAAUCAGCUCGGCGACGAGCCGCCCGCUCGAUUAACCGAAACCAUCGUCAAGGUGCCCAUUCCCCAAUCCGAACUGCCCGCGAAAACGGCGGAAGAUCGGCACGCGGCGACGUUACGGCAGGACCUGGCUACAUUGACAUCCGUCCUGGAAGACGAGAGGAAUCCUCAAGCCGCAGCCGAUAGGAAGGAGGCCGCGCGGCUCGCGGCUCUGCCCGCCUGGUCGCCCUCGAAGACGCGCGUCGAGGAGAAGGACGCCACGCCGGAGAAGGAAACGACGCCGGAGGACGAGGAACUGGCCGAGGCCCACGCGUACUUCGGGAAUUUGCUCGAGAACGUGGAACAGGGGCGCCAGUCGAUCCGGGAGCUGCGGGACGCGGCGACGACGCCGGCGACGGCGGCGGAGUUGUCUGCGGAUGACGACAAAGAAGCGCGGCGGCGCGCGGUGGAACGCGGGGCCGCGGACUCCAUUGCCGGAGUUGUGGCCUCUUCUCUGCUCGACUACCUCUCCAAGGAAUUAGUUCGGGAGGAGGAGAAGGAGGCGCUCGCUCAGCUGGCGAAGACGGCGGAUAUAGAAAGACGCGCGCGCGAGCAAGCCGAGACGGACCGGCGCGAGGCCGAGGAGCGCGUCAAGGCGCGGUCCGACGAGGCUAGUUAAGACAAAUUCCCACA